AUGCAUACUUCAAACCUUCUCAUCGGGAUCUCAUCCCUCUCAACUCUCAUCGUUGCAGCUCCUUUCUCCGUCAAGAAUGACUUCCUCGCCGCUGUAACAGCAACAAAUACAGGUCCAUUGCUAGCAAUUCAAACCGCUGCGCAUGGCUCCCUUUCCAAUAUCCCACCUCCCCCCGCACUAGUUGGAGGAGACGACAGUCUUACCAAUUUCAAAUUAGUCGCCUUCAAUGAACUCUUCGAAGUUGCAUUCUUUGAAGAACUCGUCUUCAAUAUCUCUACCAACGUCAUGGGUUACACAUUCGGAAGCCAAGAUGACAAAGACGAAGCGCUUACAAACAUCAAUGCCAUCGUCGCACAAGAAAAAUUGCAUGCAUUAAAUGCCGAGAAAGCGAUCGUUCGUUUCACCAACGACACCAAUGCCAUCAUACAACCAUGCAAAUACAACUUCCCCGUCACUAGUUUCAAGCAAGCGAUAGCUACAGCAUCUCUCUUCACAGAUGUAACCAUGGGCACAUUAGGCGAUAUCCAAACAGUUUUCGGCACAAACGGUGAUUCCAAGUUCAUCCGUGGUGUCGCAGCAUCACUUGGACAAGAAGGCGAACAGAAUGGUUUCUUCCGCCAAGUCCUUCAUAAAAUCCCAUCAGCUCUUCCUUUCUUGACAGCUAGCACAAGAGAUUUCGCAUUCAGUGCUUUGAAUCAAAACUUUGUCAUCGAAGGUAGUUGUCCAAAUAGUAACACUAUCCCUCUUAAGACCUUCCAAAAGCUCACUGCUACACAACCGGAUACUAUCGACGCCAACUCCGUCAUCAAAUUUACAUUCCAGCUUAGCAGAACUCAGAGUUACAACAACACCUGGGGAGAUAAAUGCAAAGGUCUUUCGCUUGUGUAUAUCAAUCAACAGAACAAACCUGUAAUUCAACCAUUCCAAACUAUCAACUUACAAGGAGAUGGAAAGACGAUUGUUUUGACUGCCAAAUUUCCAUUCGAUGCCGGUGCUAAGAAUGGUGCUCCUGGGAAUGGAUUGACUCUGGCUGCUUUGGCUAUUGGAGAUGAUUUUGCGAAUGUUUCGGAUGUUUCUAAGAACGCAGUUUUUGGACCGGCACUGAUUGAAGUCAAUUGA